CUAUCUAUGAUUGGUUCCGGGCGAUGGAUUCAGUUGUGCUGACGGAAUUGGGGGAAGCGGUAGCAGCAUGAGUACCGACAAUUCGAGUCUCGAUCCGGGCGACGUGACCGUCCCGCUGCGGAAUCUGCGGAACUCCGUGCAGUGUGUUCGGGACCGGGUGAGAGAUGGAGAGUCUAAGGAGUGCAAUGAAGCUUUUAAUCUGCAGCAGUUUUGGGACACUUUAGGCCAGGCAUUUAAGGCAGCCUCACAAGGAGCCACUAAACUGAGUCUUGUGUUUUCCAAACCACCCUUGCCUUCAGCACAAGAUUGUGAAAGGUUAGCUGACAGCAUUGAGAAGAAUGUCCUGACACUGGCUACAGUUUACUACUGGUUGCCUAAAAGUCAGGGGAUAACACUGCGGAGAAUAGCUCGGGAUGCCACGGCAGAGGUGCUGGAUGGAAUCUCCCAGCUGAUUGAAGUGAUCCUGAGCACCCCUCUGCAGAGUUUAUCCCAAGAGCAGCUGACUUCUACAGGUGGAGUGUGGUCAUCAUGUGAUUAUAUUCAUAGAUUGCCUAAAGAUAACCAAGCAGCAGUUCUGUCUGUGAUGGCCUCCUAUUCUGCAGUUGUAAAAGAUGCAAUCGAAGAGAUGGAACAGGCUCAGGCUGACAGCCAGGACCCCUUCAGCGAUGUCCUGGACGAGGACGAUCUGGACUCCAGGGGAAACCAGGACACCUACUGGUCUGAGGAGGACAAGCAGCUGAUGGCUCCAUGCCAGGGCCUCAUGAAGGCAGGAAAAGCCUGCUUGAAGAAGCUCUCCGGAGCUGUGAAGACUCACGGGAAAGUGGACUCGCCAGAGUCCAUCGCUCAGCUGGACGAUCUUGCAGACAUCACCAAGGAAAUCAGUCCCAAUGUGGAUGACCUUGCACUGAGUCUGUACCCACCAAUGAACUAUGCAGGAGUACGACUAAAUGCUGCCAGACUUGCAUCGGUUUUAAAGAAAGUCCUGGAAAUAACGAAGUCAAGCCAUGUGUGUCCAGAGGCUGAGCUUGCCUGGGUGCAGUUUUUGGAUGGGGCAGUUCAACACAACAUGCAGAAAGUGAACAACUUAACCCAGAACUCUAUUUAGAUUAAUUAUAUGUAGAACUUCUGUAAAAAAAAAAAAAAAAAAAAAAAAAAAAAAAAGAGAGAGAGAGAGGACACUUUGUUUAAAAAAAAAAAAAAAAAAAAAAAAAAAAAGAAAGAAAGAAAUCGAGACAAGAUGGGAAAUAGACUUCGCCGCCACUGCCAAACUGCUCAACCAGUUUAUUAAGAUGAGUAAGAUUCUUACUUAUGGUUCUUUACUCCUUGCGUUCAAUUCACAACAAAGGUGUUCUCGCUGUGUUCGGGUGGGGGUUUGUGCAGUUGGAUUCAUAAUCUACUGUUGGAUUAUAGAAAAUAAAAAUAAAAAAUAAAAAAUCAA